UAUGUGUGGGCUAGCGUGCCAAACCAACUAACACCUCUUUCAUAUCACUCACAGGGACGCCCGGGGAGCAGGGACAGCUACCUUUGGAGCGCAAUGUCGUCAGGAGCCUUGAAUCUGAAGUUGGACUUGGAGGCAGGGAAACAAGUGGUGGCCAAAGAUAAGACGCGGUCCAGCGGGUAUGUUCCCAAAGUUCGUGAGCAGCUCCGUAGCGUUGACGAAGACAGCUACACGCCGCACAGCGUGCCGAUCGGCCCUUACCAUGGCAAAAGUCCGUACACUCCAUGGAUUGCAAAAGAAAAGCAGCCGAUCGGCCCUUGCCUUGGCAAAAGUCCGUCCACUCCAUGGAUUGCAAAAGAAAAGCUGCGCUAUGUCGGCUUCAUGCAGAAUCUCUCCGAGAAACACAAGGAAGGUGGCCUUGAGGGUCUAGUGGAGGAACUGGUGCCCGGAGCAAGGGAGUGGUACGGGGACGGGGUCGACCACAUGGCGCCGGAGGAGUUGGCGAGGAUGCUGCUGCAUGAUGGGUGCUACCUGCUGGGUUGGUUGGGGAACUAUCCGGACGCCCCUCCAACAUCCUGCAGCGACCACAACACGGUGUUUCGCGACACCCUGUACCUCAUAGAGAACCAGAUGCCAUUCUUUCUUCUUGACAAGAUUCACGCGCGCGCCACGGGAGGUUCCAGUAGUCUACUCGACUACAUGGCAACAUAUAUCCAGAGUCUGCUGCAUGCUCAGCUCUACAUCAGCCCAGGGAAGAAGCAGGGGCUGCCGGAACCGCCAUCCCACCUGCUGCACCUAGUGCACGCAUUCUUCCGUCCAACCAAUGGACAAAUGGCAGAUCCUCCAAAGCGCAGAUCAACCAGCUGUUUGCAGCCAAAUGGUGAGCGUGAGACGGGUCGGUGGCGUCGGGCGACGGAGUACUCCAUGCACGCCAACGUGCAGUUCAGGCGUCGGGACUUCGCGGCCGAUGUGACUUCGAUCCUCGACGUGCGCCUUGAAGGAGGCACGCUGGACAUCCCCUGCCUGCAGGUCGACAGCAAGACAUGGACCCUCCUACGUAACCUGAUGGCGCUGGAGGAGCAUGCGGAGAUGCCCGAGAGGCCCGUCACGGCGUACUGCAUCUUCAUGUCGCAGGUGGCGUGUACGGUGGAGGACGUCCGGCUCCUGGUCGAUGCAAAGAUCGUCCAACACUUCGAGAGCAGCGACAAGAUCGCCGCCCAAGGCUUUGCCAACCUCUGCAAGGGGGUGGUCAUGGACGUCCAUGACAUCCAGAGGAAUUACCUCAAGCCCAUCUGGCACGACCUGGAAAAAUUAUGCGACAGCAAGGCGCGCAACUUCAAGGGAUCGUUCCGCCACAGGUACUGCAGCAGUAGGUUGCACCAAGUCGCAUUCGGUAUUACCGCCUUCCUCGCCUUCUGUCAGUUGCUGCAAUCCAUCUAUGCACCCAUCGCCUAUCAUUUUCCCCAACACUAGUGGCAGACUACCUGUUGAUGUACAGCCCGUACUACUUUUAUCAGCUGAUGAUAUCCUUUAAGCACGUGACGGCGUCGCGCCCUGUGAUUUGUUACUUAUCAUGAUUGUCAAUCUUUUAAA